AAUUUGAUUAAUUUGUCGUAAACUUUUUCUACAAGAUGGUAUUUAAGUAAUUGCUUAAAGCGGAGUGAGCCUAUGUGUUACAAAUAGUCAAGUUUAAUCCAAACCUGUCAUGAGGCAUUGCUAUCCAAUAGUUGUUUUGCUUGUUGUCCUUUGUCUCAACAUACAAACAACAGAAUCCACCAGUGAAUGUGAUAACGUGGUUUGUCCAGAACAAGUGAUAUGCCAACCUCCUAAAACUAAACUUGUGUUGCCUUAUCCUGGGAAGGAAAAAUGCUGUGUUAAAGUUGUAUGCACUUGCAAAGGAACAAAUUCCGAACUGACUUCGUCAGGAAGUCGUGAAAUCCAAUACAGUAACUUGGAAAAACUGUAUACUAACUGUACCUUGGUUAAUGGAAAUUUAGAGCUGACUGGUUUAUUUCCAUUUGGAAAUAUCACUACUAUAGAAUUUACAAAGCAUAUUGAGCAAGUGACAGGCUACCUGUUGAUAUACCGCACAAUAAUGGAUUCUAUCAACCUCUCAUCUCUGCGUCUAAUAAGAGGACUCACACAAUAUUAUAUUGGUGUUGACUGUAGAACAAACUUAACAUUGGCAAGAGAUCAACCAGGUUAUUCAGUAUAUGCAAACCGAAUAACUGGUGAUCAAAAUUACUUGAGAGAAUUAUGGAUGCCAAAACUGACAGAAAUAUCUGCUGGGAAUGUCUUUUUCACAAAAUCAAGAAUUUGCAACCUGGAGUCAAUAAAAUGGAGAGAUGAAAUUUUUAAUGACGGAAGUCAAACCGUCGAAAUUACAAAUGAUCCAGUUAGAGAUAGAUACUGUGACCCAUGUCCAAGUGUCUGCAGAGAUGAUUCUGGCAGCACGCCUGUGAAUCGGUGUUGGGGAAACUCUUCAGAUCUGUGUCAGCUAAUUACGAAAUCAAAAUGUCGUCGGCAGUGUGGGAAUGACAGGUGUAAUGCUGGAGGAGCUUGUUGUAAUGGGAAGUGUGCUGGGGGAUGUUAUGAUAACAUGCCAGCAACUGGUAACAAGGAUAAGUGGUGCCAUGCUUGCAAAGAUAUGAAUAACAACGGUACAUGUGUUGAAGCUUGUCCACAAGGCACACAAAUGAACCCCACAUCCACAAUAACUAAAACACCAAAAACUUAUCAGUUUGCUCGAUACUGUGUACCAAAGUGCCCAUUCAAUGUCCCUCAAACUACAUCCUUCUGCCGCACCUAUUGUCCUGAAGGGACUUUUGAUUAUAACAGCAACAUUUGCGAACCUUGUGAAAAUGGAAAAUGUGAACAUGUAUGUUAUGGCCUUGGUGUUGGCCAUGGACCCCUGAAGGACGAUAAAGAAAUCAAUUCUGAAAAUAUCAAAUAUUUCAAUAAGAAUUGCACAAUUAUUGAAGGUUCCCUAAGUUUUCAAGCCUCAACAUUUAAUGGGGACUCGUAUUGCAGCAUCGGCAAACUGAACAACCUGGAAAUGUUGUCCGUGUUUGAAAACGUCAAAGAAAUAACCGGUUACUUGGCAUUUGAUGAAUGGCGAAUGCACGACUUGUGUUUAUUUAAAAAUCUAAAAAAGAUUCGGGGCAAAGAAUUAAAAUCUGAGUUGUACAGUUUGUAUGUUUAUACAAAUGAUAAAAGCUUAAGGGAGCUGUGCUUGAACUCAUUGGAAAACAUUUAUGAUGGAGGAGUAUUUUUAAGCAAUGAGGUGAAGCUGUGUUUUACUAACACUAUAAAUUGGCCGGGGCUUUUCAACCAGGGCCAUAACUAUGUAGCCAACAAUAAACCACCAAGUUCUUGUGGGGGUGUAUUGGUGGUUAGGAAUCCAAGAUUGGGUCACACUGAUACAAUAACAUGGGAAAAUAUAUUCAGUGACUCUGGAAAUCAAAAUACAAUGAUUCUGCGUAAUCAAAAGGAAGUACCUUGUCACACCAUGUGCGAUCAAAGCCAAGGAUGUUGGGGCAGAGAUGCAACAAAUUGUGUUCGGUGUCAAUAUUACACAGAUUAUACGGAUGUUAACGGACAACUCACCCCUGCAUGGGUGACGGACCAAACAACAGGGUUGGCUGUUCCUGGUUAUAACACAACAACAUGUGUGGAGCAAUGUAACCAAGAAAAAGGGGUGUAUGCCUCAAGUGAUAUGCGAUGUCUUCCUUGUGAUAGUGAAUGCUUAAGCACUUGUAAUGGACCAACUUCAUAUAACUGCACAAGUGGUUGCCAAAACUUCAAGCUCAAUUCUCAAUGUGUGCCAUCUUGUCCACUAAACUAUUAUAUUGGAUUGAACAAAACUUGUUCAGCAUGUAGUCCCAACUGUGUUGGCGGAUGUACUGGACCAUUAGAUAUAUAUGGAGAAGGUGGUUGUUCAUCAUGUCAUGUAUCUAUGGAUGAAAAAACAUCCGUAUACACUCACCGUGGAGCUAAAUGUCCUUUUUGCUUGAAUGACCAAUUGAGAGAAACUUGUGCACAUGGAUGUACUUCGUUUAACAAUACAGGCAGAUUGCAAUGUUACUACCUACCAAAACCCGACAUCACAGUUUACAUCAUCAUUGGAGUUAUGGUCUUCAUAUUUAUAUUUAUUGUAAUUAGUUGGGUUUUCUAUAAACAUCGAAAAACCAUCAAACGAAUGAGACAAACUAUUGGUGAAACUAUGGUUGGCGAGCGCAUCCCACUUGAGCCUGAAGCCGUUCCUCUCACCCCAAGUGGUGCCGCACCUAACGUAGCUCAACUUAGAAUUGUUAAAGAAAGCGAACUUGAGUUUCGAAAGAUGUUGGGUUCUGGUGCAUUUGGAACAGUGCAGAAAGCUAUUUGGACUCCAUUAAAUAUACAAGGUGAAAAGGUAAAGAUAGCAGUUGCUGUUAAAACUUUGAAAACAUCAGAAGAUUUGCUUCAAUCUGCAAACAAUGAGAUAAUGGAUGAGGCUUACAUGAUGGCUUCGGUUGAAUGUCCGUACCUGGUUCGUCUGCUUGGUAUUUCAAUGACUGAGCAAGUAGCUUUGAUCACCCAACUUAUGCCUCUUGGAAGUUUAUUGGAAUAUGUAAGAAACCCAACCACACGAGACAGUAUUCGCUCAAGACAAAUAUUAUCGUGGUGUGUCCAAAUAGCUAAGGGGAUGAAAUAUCUUGAAGAAAAACAUCUCGUACAUCGUGACCUCGCAGCUCGUAACGUGCUCGUAAAAACACCAAACCAUGUCAAAAUAACAGACUUCGGAUUAGCGAAAAUGCUUGACACAAAAGAGGAGAUCUACCACGCAGAGGGUGGUAAGCUUCCAAUUAAAUGGUUGGCCAUUGAAUGCAUUACUGAACGUGAGUUUUCACAUCUCUCCGAUGUUUGGGCGUUUGGUGUUACGUGUUGGGAGUUAUUGACGUUUGGAGCCAGACCUUACGAGGGUGUACGAGCUGUUGAUGUUUUAUCGUUGUUAGAACGUGGUGACAGAUUACCCCAACCUGCAACUUCUACAAUUGAUAUCUACAUGGUUCUCGUUAAAUGUUGGAUGGUGGACAGAUUAUGUCGACCAUCGUUUUCAAAUCUUGUUGAUGAAUUUAGCAAAAUGGCCGCCGACCCCAGCAGAUUCGUUGUAAUAAAGCAUGAUGACACAGACAACAUCAUGAGUCCAACAUCAGUGGAUGAUGCUUCAUUCUUCCGACAAUUGAUGGAGGAUGAGAAGACAGCUGAGGAAGACCUCAUCGCUGAUGAACCGGAUGAAUAUCUUCUUAAUCUUAAUCAUCCCGAUAAUUUACAGGUGAAUGUUUACACACCGAUGUCAUCUGCCAAUCAUAAUGAUUCAGUGUCUAGUCCAAAAUAUGCGAACAUCGCUCACGAUCCUCCCCAACAUCCGGAUCAGGGAGCCCGGGAUGCUCGGCUCUUCUCGAGGAACACUCCAUCCUCGUUCCCUGAAAGUUCAACAUCCUCCUCAACUGCUGGGAUGCGAGCUGAGCCUCCCGUCACCCCACAAGCAGAUCCGGAUGAUGUUUUCUCUGAAGUCGUUAACUCAGUGAAAACAGUUUCACCGCAUCCAGCAUCUGUUGAACAGCAAGCAACGAACAGAAAAGAUUCCGAAGAAACACAAAGAUACACUGAAGAUCCAACAACAAAACGACCACUGUUAGAUGGAAUGCAAUCUCCCACCACUUUAUACAAACCUAACCCAGGAGAAGUUGAUGAAAAUAACUAUUUGCUUCCAACACCACUGAAAAAACAACCAGAUUACUUUGAUCCCUCACAUGUCCCUUCAGAACCCCAGCCAUCACCUUUGUUAUGUAAUGAAACGUAUGUCGAGGGUGAUUCAUUACCCGAAUCCCGUCCUUACCCAGGUCAACUGGACAAUGGGUACGCCCCUAUCUGUGGAAGUCCGCAAGAACAUCAUGAUUAUGUGAACACUGAUAGUGAGGCGAGGAACCCAAUGUGGUUUUCGAACGAAGAAUAUAUGGCAACUGACAGUGGGAUAGGGGAGGACGUUCAGUCGUUACUUUCGCGCGGCAACACUGCAAAUCGUGGGCAACGACGAUCUAACCAAUCACAAUCCUCUGUUGAUGACAGCGAACAAAUAUUCUUACAAAAAGACGCUGAGGUUCCGUACCGGCCGCAACAGAAUCGAGAUUCGUCUCCAGAUUCGCAGAAACUUAAUGAAACUUCGCUUAAUAAUCCCGAGUAUAUGUUCCUUAACCCUGGUAGUAGUGGCCACCCACAAACGUAGUGACUUUUAAUUAUUUUUAUUAGAUCAUGUUUUUUGAAUGUCAUUUCGUGAUCAAAAUGAAAGAACGGCAUCAGCAGUGAUAUGGGUUUUAAUUAAGUCAGUGUUAAUUCUUAUUUUCUGAUAGAAGUAUAAGCAUCACCCGCUAUGUCUUCACAUAUGUUGUAUAUAUGCUUGUGGUUUUACUAAUUAUCCCAAGGCUUAGUUUUAUUCCUUUAUCUUUUUCACGUUGGAUAAAUGUUGUGCCAUCAGCAAUCAGAAGUUACUUGAUUCGAAUUCCAAAUGUUUCGUGCCAAGUCAAACGCCACUGUUACUUCUUAUUGUGAUUUUUCCUACAAAACUUCUCAUUCUAUCAUGGCACUUAACAACAAACACAUUUUUUUGGAGAUAUUUAUGGUACAAAGUUAUCAAUAGUACAAGUUUCCAAGCUGCCAUAUAUACACGUUUACUUUUUUAACAUGUAUAGUACAGUGAGCAUGAUUUUGAAAUAUGCCAAGGCAAAUUGGAUAAUUUAAAGGUAAGUUUUCACUCAACUUACCUAAAAAUGUAAAUGCAGUUUUUUUUUACAGGUGUAUAUUGUAAUACUGAAAGUAUGGUGUACAUAUUAUUAUAUGUUUGUUUAUUUCAGUCUAGCCAUGCAUUACUUGCUGUGUGUCACAGCGCAAAUAAAACAGCACGAUAUUUC